AACAACAUCAGCAUCAUUAUCGGCUGGAAUCAAGACAGAAACGGGUGAAAACUGAAGCUUUAAUUGUCGCAGAAAUGGAGAAAGUUGCGUUCAUCACUUUUCUUCUGACAGCUGUCUUCAGUUUCUCUGCAUGUGUUGCACGUCAGUAUCACUUUGUGAAUCAGAAUUUGAACUGGACUGAAGCUCAGAGUUUCUGCAGUGAGAAUUACACAGAUCUGGCCACCAUCAACAACAAGAACGACAUUGAAGAACUGAUGAAGACUGUGAAUGAUGAAAGUGUUCAGCAUGUCUGGAUCGGACUGUACAGGACAGAGAAUAAAACAUGGAAGUGGUCUCUGGGUGACCCUGUGUUCUACACAGGAAGUGAUUCACUGUAUCAGAACUGGAGAAACUCUCAAUCAAACGAUGAUGGUGACUGUGUUUAUAUGAAAAAUGGAGGAUGGCAUAAAAGUAAAUGUUCUGACAAAACCUCUUUCAUUUGCUAUAAUGACAGCAGUGAAGAAUACAUCUUUAACAGUACAGACAUGAACUGGAGAGACGCUCAGAGUUUCUGCAGAGAGAAACACACAGAUCUGGCCAGUGUGAGGAACCAGAAUGAGAAUGAGAAGAUUCAGCAGAUCAUUAAUAUUCAGACAGGAAGUGAUAAGAACGUCUGGAUCGGUCUGUUCAGAGACUCAUUGGAGUGGUCAGAUCACAGUGAAUCCUCAUUCAGAUUCUGGAGACCUGAAGAACCCAAUUAUAGAGACAAUGCUGAAAACUGUACAGUGAUUUCACUCAAAGACCAGCGGGGGAAAUGGGAAGACUGGCGUUGUAAUAAAACAUUUUCGUUUGUCUGUUAUGAGGAUCAACUGGUUUUGAUUAAACAGAAUCGGACCUGGAAUGAAGCUCUGAGAUACUGCAGAGAGAAACAUGUGGAUCUGGUGUCCAUUGAUUCUCAGCAGAUUCAGCAUCAGGUGAUGAAUGUGUCUAGAAGCGCCUCAACUACAGCUGUGUGGAUGGGUCUCCGUCACUCCUGCACUAUGGGUCUGUGGUUCUGGGUGAAUGGAGAGAUCUUGUGCUAUCAGAACUGGGCAGCAGGUAACGGCACUGGACAGGAAGACUGCAGUGAAGGAUUAGCUGGAGCAAUUCAGUCUGGAGGAAAUCAGACCUGGAUCAGCCUUCCUCACACUCAACAACUCAACUUCAUCUGCACCAACGGUGAAGUUCUUCGUGAAGACUGAAUCAAGAUCUUCAUCUUUGACCUGCCAUCAUUAGAACUACAAUUUCAUCAUGUUGCAUAUUUCUUUUAAAAAUAUUUAAUUUUUCAUGUAAAUCAACGUGAAAUCUUUCACUUCAACGUGAUUCCAAUUUUCUCUGCGAGUUGUUCUGUGCUGUUGUCCUGAGAUCAAUCAUGUGUUAAUGUGAAUGUCAGUUCUCAUGAUUCAAAAACUCUCAAGAAGUAUUCAAACAUUUACACUGUUUUAUUUGCCUUUACUGUACAUUAUUUUAUUUUGGGUUGUCAUUUAUUAUCAGUAGUUUUAUUGUGUUUAAAAUAUUUGACUUUUUCUCAAAGUUCUUGUAGACUUGUUUAACGUCAUCACCCACCUACAAAACAAAAAAGAAAAUAGUUAAAAGGCUGUUUAAUCUACAUAUGACAGCACAUUAGGAUUGUGACGAUCUCAUAAAUCAUAUCUUCUGAUAUUAUAUCAGCUAAACUAUCACAAUAGCACAUGAUAGUGUGUUGUUUCUUAACACAGUUUGUCAAAGUGUUUCUUAUAAACUAGCCAUUUCAUUCCAGAAGUGGUGAAAAUAACUGAUGGAUGAACUGGGAGAAGGCUUCUUAUAUAAUACAUUUUUAGUGUGACGUAAAAAUCUAAUAAAAAUCAAAUCUGCAUCAAAACCAGUUCAAGCUGCAACGGCUUUAAACUUUUAUUCCAUUAUUUCUGUGGUUGUUUGAAUGUUGGUAAAAUAAAAAUAAAGAUAUUGUACCUUUGAAAAGACUGUUUUGAGCAGCUGUUUCAUUAUUUCAACCGCUUCAGCCCCUCUCUCCUGGUAAACAGUAGUGUAGAUCACACACACACCGGUUUGAUUGCACACCUCGGGGACGUGAUCAAACUGAUCUGGGCUAAUUCAUCGCAACCUUAAGUAAGGAAACGCAGCCCUGAUCAUAAGUGGGAAGUUUACACCACUAUGCAUUUGUAAUAAUAAAAAUAAUAGAACGCUCGAUUUUUCAGAGACAUGGUAAAUCUGUAAAUGUUAAGAUAAAGCAUUUAGCUUAAAUGAAGUGGCACUAAACCAUGUAUUCUGCAGAGGCAGUGGGAUGUGUCCGAAGGUGUUUAAUAAGGUUGCUGGGGUUUCCCCUUUGGCUUGAAAUCUCUGUCGACAUUCACAGCAGAUGGGUUUUCCCGGUCUCAUCAGCCAAAACCCAAAAUAAUUCUAAAUCUCACUAUGUGAAAUGUGUUGUGUAAAAAGCUUCUUACUCUCCACAGUUUUAUUUACAUCCAUUUACAUCCAUUAGGAGACACGACCGCCAAAUGAACACAUUCAGAUGUGUGUUUGAAGCAUGGGAAAACCACACAUUGAAAAAUAAACAACAACAUUUUGGGGCAAAUUCUAAACAACAUUUUGUGCUCUUAAGGGCACUGUGUGAAGGGGACGCCACUCCAAAUGUCUAUAUUUUUAAUGUUAUUGCAGAAAUGAAGGUUUUAGCGAAAAUAAUAUUUACUACCGCACAUACAACAUAACUUCCGGUACUACCGUAUUAACAGUACCGGUAGUAUUUUGAAGCUUUAGUAUCGCAAUACUACCGUAGCACUGGUCUACCUUGCAACCCUAAAGCACAUCUCAAAACUCGCACAGAUCUCGCACAGAUCUCAUGUCAUCUGUGUUUGUUCUUUAAACGUAGUUAGGCAAAACUGAUUUUCACAAUGACACAUGAAUGAGAACGCAUCCUAAGCAUUGAGAAACACCCAG